ACAGCUCGGGGGACUCAGCCCCCUGGCCCACGCUUCCAGUAAAGCUUCACCUCCCGCCCUCCUAGAUCAAAACCCUGAAUCGAAACUAACUGUAGAGUACUUGCUAGAGGACCCUGCACCAUCCGAAUCUCGGCGGCCACAGCGGAACCUCGCCUUUCAGGUUCACCCACCAUGCCUCCCCCGGAUUCCCCCUCCGAAGGCCAGCGGCCCAACCAGAGCCACAGUUCUACAGAGGUAAUGACCACAGAGGAGGAUGAGUUUCGGUUCCUGCACUGUCAGCGUUGCCGAGUGGAAGCCAAGUGCCCCAAGCUGCUGCCCUGCCUGCAUACUCUGUGCUCGGGAUGUCUGGAGGCGCCGGUCGCGCAGUGCCCCAUCUGCCAGGAGCCCUGGCCUCCAGGCACUGACACGCCGGUCUUGGAUAAUGUCUUUUUCGAGAGUCUGCAGCGACGCCUGUCGGUGUAUCGGCAGAUUGUAGAGGCGCGAGCAGUUUGCAUCCGCUGCAAGGAGGUGGCGGACUUCUGGUGCUUUGAGUGCGAGCAGCUCCUCUGUGCCCAAUGCUUCGAGGCACACCAGUGGUUCCUCAAGCAUGAGGCCCGGCCCCUGGCUGAGCUGCGCAGCAAGUCAGUGCAUGAGUUCCUGGACGGCACGCGCAAGUCCAACAACAUCUUCUGCUCCAACAGCAACCACCGCUCCCCUGAGCUGACCAGCAUCUACUGCCGAGGCUGUUCCAAGCCACUGUGCUGUACGUGCGCGCUCCUGGACAGUAGUCACAGCGAUCUUAAAUGCGACAUCAACAUGGAGAUUGAGCAGCGGCAGAAGGAGCUGGACACGAUGACUCAGGCCCUGCAGGAGCAGGACAGCGCCUUCGGCGAGGUGCACGCUCAGAUGACUGCGGUGGUGAGCCAGCUGGGCCGCAGGCGCUCCGAGGUGGAGGAGCUGAUCCGCCAGCGGGUGCGCCAGGUGGUAGAGCACGUGGAGGCGCAGGAGCGUAACCUCCUGGAGGCCGUGAACCAGCGCUACCAGCGCGACUACCAAGAGAUGGCCCGGCAGCUGGGCAGCCUGGACGCCAAGCUGCAGCGCAUCCGCAUGGGCGGCACGCUCGUGCAGAAGAUGCGGCGCUUCGCCUCUGACCAGGAGGUAAUGGACAUGCACAGCUUCCUGCGAGAGGCGCUCAGCCGCCUGCGGCAGGAGCAACCCCAGACCCCGCAAGCCGCAGUGUGCGCAGACAGCUUCGAAGAGUUCAGGGCACGCCUGGAGGUCCUCGCCUCCAGCAUCACCCAGGGGACAGAUGCAGUUCUACGCAAGAGAGCCAGCCCUCUCAGGGACCCUUCUGACAAUGACUUGCCUGAGGAGGUACCCCAGAGGGUGCAGAUGCAGGCCCAGGCUAAGGCCACGACCUUGGAGCUGGCUGAAAACCAAUGUGUGGCAGUGGUACAGUCAGUGCCUGGGGCACACCCUGUACCAAUGUAUGCUUUCUCCAUCAAAGACUCCUCCUACAGAGAGGAGGCCUCCAAGAUAGCCACCCCUCAGAAGAGGAAGUCCUGCCAAACCGAAUGCCCCAGAAAGGUCAUCAAGAUGGAGUCUGAGGAGGAAAAGGAAGCAAGAUUGGCUCUGAGCUCCUCUGAGCAGCCCAGGCCCAGCACCUCCAAGGCAGUCUCACCACCCCGCCUGGAUGGGCCGCCCAGCCCUAAGACCCCCAUCAAAGGAGCUGACAUCUCCCCACUUAACAGCAGCCAUGGGACUGAUGGCAUUAGGGAGGCAGAGGAGUGCGUCUUUGUGAUCAGCAGCUCAGAAGACUCAGAUGCGGAACACUCGUCCUCCCGAGAGCAGGAUGACAGCAGCAGCGAGUCCAGUGACUUCCAACUGGACAGCCCCAGCUCCCUCGGGGUCCUGGACGAGAGCCUCACCGACCUCCAAGCAGAAGACAGGCCCCUGGUUUUCUUUGACCUCAAGAUUGACAAUGAAACCCAGAAGAUUAGCCAGCUGGCAGCUGUAAAUCAGGAAAGCAAGUUCCGCGUGGUCAUCGAGCCCAAGGCUGCCUAUACCAUCUACUCCAAGGCUGUCUCCCUGGAGGUGGGGCUGAAGCACUUCAUCAACUUCCUGAGUUCCAUGCACCGUCCCAUCCUGGUCUGCUAUAAGCUGUGGGGGCCUGACCUCCUAAACUUCUUCUGGGCCCUGGAGGACAUUAACAAGCUGUGGGAAUUCCAGGAGGCCAUCUCGGGCUUCCUGGCUGCCCGGCCCCUUAUCCAGAGGUGCGUGCCUGGGGCCAGCAGCUUCAAACUCAAAAACCUGGCCAAGACCUACCUGGCACGAAACAUGAGCAAGCACAGUGCCAUGGCCACCGUGCUGGCCAUGCGUGACCUGUGCCGCCUCCUUGAUGUCUCCCCGGGGCCCCAGCUAGCCCAGCACGUCUACCCCUUUGGUACCCUGCAGUGCUUCGUGUCCCUCCACCCACUGGUGCAGGUGACCGUGCUGACCUGGGCCGAGGCCCGCCUGCUGGCCCUCAACAGUGUCAGCUUCCUGGAGCUGCUGCGCGCCUACCGCCGGGACCGGCAGGCCGGCCUGAAGAAGUACAGCUGUUACCUGGGCCUGCAGUCCACGGUGUCACACCCAGACCAGCCUGCUUUCAGGCUGCAGGCGCUCAGCAGCUACUUUGAAAGCCUACUAUAGGGCUUGGCCUCGGCAUGGGAGGACGAUGUCUAUUCUCUCACUGGCCACAGCUUGGCAGGCAGGACCUUCCAGUGGAGCUGAGAGGAAGGGAGAAGGGUGGGGUUUCCCCUGAGCCAGGCCCUACUAUCACAGCAUUCCCAGGUCAUUGUACCCAGUACUCAGUUGUUAUUUGGUUCAGAAUCAGUUCCUUUUCUCUGGGAUCAAAUUCCCCUUCUCUAAAAACCCUGCAGAGGCUGGGUGCGGUGGCUCACACCUGUAAUCCUAGCACUCUGGGCGGCUGAGAGGGUUGGGUUGCCUAAGCUUAGGGGUUCAAGACCAGCCUGAGCAAGAGGGAGACCCUAUCUCUAAAAAUAGCUGGGCAUUGCGGCAGGUGCCUGUAGUCCCAGCUACUUGGAAGACCAAGGCAAGAGGAUUGCUUGAGCCCAAGAUUUUGAGGUUGCUAUGAGCUAUGACUCCAUGAAACUGUCUUAAAAAAAAAAAAAAAAUCCUACAGAGAAAGCUUCAAGUGCAAGCACCCACCAUCCUAAGGUAAGACCAGGUGAUAGGGCCUUCCCCUAGGAACCAGAACCAGGGCAGUCCUGAGUGAGAAGGGUAUAACCUCUGGGCUCUCUAAGUGGCCCUAAUCUUGCCCCAGGCCACCUGCCUGCCACCACCAUGGAUCCUUGCAGCUCCUCCCAGACCCCAGCCACUGCCUCCGGGCACCUGCCAACAGCUCCUACAGACAGCCCAUAGGUACCCAAAGUGCCUUUCAAACCAAACGGCCCAUCCUGAGUUUGGGUUCUCUCAGCCUCUGCCCACUGAAGGCCCAUUCUUUUCACUUCCCCUGUCAUUCUAAACAGGCCUCCCAUCAUCGAAGAUGGACACUGUUGCUCCAUGCAUGAAUCCA